AUGUCAUUGGUUUAUAUAACAACUCAUGGAGAAAGCAUUUAUGACUGUGCUGAGAAGGAACCUGAAAAAGUUCUUAAACCAGCUAAAUAUGUUUCAAUACAUAGAAAAAGAUUAAAAUCAGAAACAAAAGCAAUUCUCUCUUCCCAUAAAACGAUGGGUUACUCCGAAACACCACUUAAAAGUCCAUGCGAAUUUUUACGAAAAAAUAGCGGUGUAAAAUAUUUUAAAAUACCUGCGCACAUUUGUGAAGAAGAGAAACCGCCCUUGCCCCCGGUGCCUAAAAGGUACGAACAAGGGAAAUUUAAGCGGGAACCAAAAGAUUUCAAAACUAUGAAUAUUCAGACGGCCAGGGAGUCCACUCCUAAGAAACCAAUUCAGAAAUUGGUUAGCACAAGAGACGGAUUAACGUACAUGCUCUAUGGAUCGGGUCUAACGCCAUAUUAUAUUUGCUCUGAAAAAUAUGGAAAAGUACCAAGAUAUUUGAAUGCGAUGAAAAGAUGUUUAAACGAAUGUUACAAGGAAAAGGUUGAAACUAAACAUAUGCCAGAAGAAAGUUUGCCAAAAGGAAUAAGGGCUUUAUCAAGCAACGAAAUCCGUGAAAUAAUUUUAGGUCUUAAGAAAAAUUGGAUGGAUUUAACUCAAAAGUUUAAUGCUUUGCCAGUUUUCAUCGACACUGUACCGAAGCAAAAGCGGAAACAUAAAAUGGAACAUAAAUUACGAGAAAUAGAACAGGAUAUACUCUUAUUGGAAAAAAAUCCUGUCAUUUAUGUGUGUGAAGACAUUUAA